AGGAGCUGGGCGCCGGUAGGGGGCGGGCCUUCCGGGACGAGGGCGCGUGGGUGCCGAAGGUCAGGUUCAGGGACUCUCUACUUGCUGCUGAAGACAUGUCUUCACUUUCAGAAUAUGCCUUGCGCAUGUCUCGUCUGAGUGCCCGCCUGUUUGGUGAAGUUGUCAGGCCCACUGAUUCCAAGUCCAUGAAAGUGGUGAAACUGUUUAGCGAGCUGCCUUUGGCCAAGAGGAAGGAGACUUAUGACUGGUAUCCAAAUCACAACACUUAUUUUGCACUCAUGGGAACACUCCGAUUUCUUGGCCUUUAUAGAGAUGAACAUCAGGAUUUUAGGGAUGAGCAAAGCCGUCUAAAGAAGCUUCGUGGCAAGGGAAAACCAAGGAAAGGAGAAGGGAAAAGAGCAGCAAAAAAGAAAUAGUGUUGGCCCAUUGAAAAAGAAAAUUUCUUCCUCAGUAACAAGAAGAAGAAAGCGUAUUCAUCAUCUUUCCACAUAAUAACAGAACACAAUCUUCCUAAGUGAAGGUUGUUUGGAGGAACACAUCAUCUGCAUGUUGGAGUCAAAUCCAGUUAAAUCCUGACUGGCUUUUUGAACACAUUCUAACUACAAAAUUAUUUUCACCUUA